UAGAAAAACUGGCCACGCCCUGCAACUCUCACUCUCUCUCCCCCUCUGCUUUCGCCGUUAGAACUUUUAAUUCUUCUUUUACUCUUCCUCUCUGUCUUCAACCCCCUAAAACCAACAGGCAACAACACUUAUUUAUUGUUCUCUCCCUACUGACACACUGACCUCCAUUCUUUCUUUAAUGGCUUCUCCUUCUUCUUCUUCUUCUUCUUCUACUACUACUACCUAUUUUAUUGUUCGAAUUUCAUUGCUUUCUCCCGCUUCUUUCUACCCUCUUCCGGCGAGCUUGUCGGCUGCAGUCCCUCGAUCUGUUCCCACUAUACAAAUCCAGCAAAGACUCUCUUAGCUUAGAAAGCAAUUUCCUUGGAUCUUAGGGGUUUCAGGCUUUGUCUUUUGAGCGUCUGUGGUCGGCUCUGCUGCUGCGAGACUUGGGAAAAAGGGUUUUCUUUUUUGCUUUCUUCCUACGAAUGUGGUUUCUGGUGAACUGGUUUACGAGUAUCUCAUUUGGGGAUUUAAGAAGAUAGAUAAAAUUAAUUGGUUGUGCUGGGAAUCACUUUACUUUUUCCAUUUCUGUUCAUAUGUAACAGAACUUUCUCUGUUGUCGUUUUUGCUUCUUUGUGUUGGAACUGAGAAAAAGAUUGGCGCUCUUCUGGGCUCUGUGUCCUUUUGCUGAUUAAUAUUUGUUAAGAAAAUGUUGUCAUUAAUGGUAUUCAUUUUUCUUGUUUUGGCUCCUACUCUGAUGCAUUCUUUGGACUCUGUCUUCAACGACGACGUUUUGGGGUUGAUCGUAUUUAAGGCCGGUCUCAAAGACCCAGAAACCAAGCUCAUUUCAUGGAAUGAAGAUGAUGACAUUCCCUGUAACUGGACCGGAGUCAAAUGCGACCCUGGAUCGAACAGAGUCACCGAGCUUGUAUUGGAUGGUUUUUCUCUUUCUGGACAUAUAGGCCGUGGCCUUUUAAGGCUCCAGUUCCUCCAAACGCUGUCACUUGCGAGAAAUAACUUCACAGGCACCAUAAACCCUGAUCUUCCUCACCUUUGGAGUUUACAGGUUAUAGAUUUGAGCGAGAACAGUCUCUCCGGAUCAAUCCCGGAGGGGUUUUUCCAACAAUGUGGUACGUUGAGAGAAGUUUCUCUUGCUCACAACAACCUCACGGGUCAGAUUCCUGAGUCUUUGAGCUCUUGUUUCUCAUUGACAAAGGUGAAUCUUUCGUGUAACAAGUUAUCUGGGAAACUACCCUCUGGUUUAUGGUAUAUAAGGGAGCUUGAAACGCUCGACUUUUCAGAAAAUCUUUUGGAGGGAGGGAUUCCUGAAGGGAUUGAAAAUUUGUAUAACCUGAAAACAAUCAGUUUCAGGAAAAACUGGUUCUCUGGAACUCUUCCUUGGGAUAUUGGAGGCUGUUUGAUGCUGAAGUCUGUUGAUUUCGGUGAGAAUUUCUUCUCUGGUCAGGUUCCGGAGUCAAUGCAGAAACUUAGUUCUUGUUAUUUUUUGAGUUUAAGAGGCAAUUCCUUCAUUGGUGAAAUUCCAGAUUGGAUUGGGGAACUAGGAAAGCUUGAAUUGUUGGAUCUUUCCUCGAACAACUUUUCAGGUCGAAUUCCUGUUUCCAUGGGAAAUCUUCAAUUUUUGAAAAAGUUGAAUUUGUCCAUGAAUGAGCUCGGUGGAAGUUUACCAGUAUCAAUGUCGAAUUGCUCUAACUUGUUGGCUUUAGAUGUUAGCCACAAUCAGUUGAAAAGCAAUCUUCCUUUAUGGAUAUUCAAGAAACGUGUACGAAGUGUUUCUCUAUCUUCGGUCUCAUUUAUUGGUUUGCAGGUCCUUAAUUUGUCUUCAAAUUCAGUUUUUGGUGAACUUCCAAGGGAUAUUGGGGCUCUUAGUAGCUUGCAGAUCUUGAAUCUGUCUAACAAUGGCCUCUUUGGUUCAAUCCCUAAAAGCAUUGGUGAGCUAAAAUCUGCUUCCGUUCUUGACUUGAGUGAUAAUAGACUAAAUGGAAGCAUUCCAUCUGAAAUUGGGGGAGCAAUUUCACUGAAGGAUUUGAGGCUGCAGAAGAACUCUUUAACUGGGAAAAUUCCUCCCCAGAUUGAGAAUUUCCGGGCUCUAACGUCCUUGAUUCUGUCUCAUAACAAACUGAGUGGCCCAAUCCCAGCAGUCAUCUCAAACAUUACUUAUAUUCAAUAUGUGGACUUUUCUUUUAAUGAACUCUCUGGAAGCUUACCAAAACAGCUGACAAAUCUUUCCCACCUCCUAUCCUUCAAUGUCUCUCACAACCGCAUUGAAGGUGAGCUCCCCGCAGGUGGUUUCUUCAACACUAUAUCUCUCUCGUCUGUAUCAGGCAACCCAUCCCUGUGUGGUUCUGUUGUUAACCGUGCAUGUCCUAAUAAUCACCCCAAACCCAUUGUCCUUAACCCAAAUUCCUCUGACUCUGCUGGUGGCCCUUCCUCUCCAAAAUAUGGCCACAAGAAGAUCCUCUUAAGCAUUUCUGCUCUAAUUGCCAUAGGUGCAGCUGCUUUCAUUAUUAUUGGUGUUAUAGGUGUUACUGUUCUCAAUAUCCAUGCCAGGUCUUCCCUGGCACGUGCUGCGGCUCCUCUUGUACUUUCUGGUGGGGAAGAUCCUAGUUGUUCCCCCACUGCUGAUCCAAACUAUGGCAAGCUUGUCAUGUUUUCUGGUGAUGCUGACUUUGUUGCUGGGACUCAGGCGCUGCUUAACAAGGACUGCGAACUAGGUCGUGGUGGUUUUGGAAUUGUUUAUUGCACAGUCCUUCGAGAUGGGCGUUCGGUUGCAAUAAAAAAACUUACAGUUUCAAGUUUGAUCAAGUCUCAGGAUGAUUUCGAAAGUGAAGUGAAAAAACUCGGAAAAAUCAGGCAUCAUAAUCUUGUGUCACUAGAUGGUUAUUACUGGACUCCAUCCUUGCAGCUACUCAUUUUUGAAUACAUACCAAAUGGGAGUUUGUAUAAACAUCUUCACAACGGAUCUGACAGAGUCUUCCUUUCUUGGCGACAGAGGUUCAACAUUAUUCUUGGGAUUGCAAAAGGAUUGUCCCAUUUGCACCAGAUGAACACGAUCCACUACAAUCUAAAAUCAACUAAUGUUCUUAUAGACAACUCCAGUGAGGCAAAGUUAGGAGACUUUGGUUUGGCAAGGCUGUUACCAAUGUUAGAACGGUGCAUCUUGAGCAGUAAAAUCCAAAGUGCACUCGGCUACAUGGCUCCUGAGUUUGCAUGCCAAACAGUCAAGAUAACUGAGAAAUGUGACGUGUACGGAUUCGGGGUCUUGCUGUUGGAAGUGGUUACUGGAAAGAGGCCUGUGGAAUACAUGGAGGAUGAUGUGGUAGUGCUCUGUGACAUGGUGAGAGGAGCAUUGGAAGAAGGCAAGGUAGAAGAAUGUGUUGAUGGGAGGCUUCAGAAUAAUUUUCCAGCAGAAGAGGCUAUUCCAGUGAUUAAGCUUGGUUUAAUAUGUGCAUCUCAAGUGCCUUCCAACAGGCCAGACAUGACUGAAGUGGUCAAUAUUUUAGAGUUGAUCCAAUGCCCUUCAGAAGGCCAAGAGGAACUAGAAUGAAGAUCUUUUAAGUGUAGAGACUCAGAAAAAUCAUCAGACAAAAUGCAUACUGCUCCGGUGAAUGGUAGUCUGGUUUGUUGGUUCAAGCAAAAGAAAAAGAAAAAGAAUCAUAGAUUGUUCAAGGUCCAUGUCUUCUUGACCUUUUUUUGUUAAUUAUUUAUUAUUUGUUGCUUUAUAUUUUUGGCUCCUAUGUAAUUUUUAUAAAUUCUGCUACAGUUGUAUUGCCCCGGAUUCCUUUUCACCGCUUUAUAAUGGGACAACUUGGAUACUUUGAGGAUACACAUCGGUUGACUAUGUUUGUUGGAUUGA